GGAUACAGAUAUGAGCAUUUUCCGAGAACCAGGAAUGCCUCAGCUUCAGCCGUUUUUGUAUGAUCUUCCUCGAUUUGACGUGGCGUCCACAAGACAUGUGACGUCAUCAUCUCCGUUGCAUCAUCUCCCGUAUCUAGGUUCGGGGACUCUUGUUGAAAGGUUGCUUGGUUCACUGAACUAUGACCAUCGGAUGUACGUUCGUCGUAGCGCCAUUGGUGGUAGUAAACGGAAAGUUGCUACACCUAGUGUUGUUCAGAAGAUUGAGGCGUACAAGAAUGAGAAUCCUUCAAUAUUUGCAUGGGAAAUCAGGGACAAACUGUUGUCUGACGGGCUUUGCACGGCAAACAAUGUACCAAGCGUUAGCUCCAUAAACUGGAUAUUGCGAAACAGGGCGACAGAGCGGGCAGCUCUAGAAUACACCAGGAUCGCUUCGCGGUCUUUCUUGCCUCUAUUUCCUCCAUAUUGGAACGUGAAGACGUCACGUGAUCAUGCAUGCGCGAUGUUCCAGCCAGCCUUUUCCGGUGUGACUCAAACGAUUUGUGAACAGAAGGAAAAAGAAGUGGAGGCAAUAUCAGUUGACGACGAUGACACCGUACAUGAAUGUGACGGUUUCGACAACCCCAAACUACGUCGCAACCGUACCACAUUCACUCAAGAUCAGCUGGACAUUCUAGAACGGGAAUUUGUGAAAAGCCAUUAUCCGGGGGUAAACACCCGGGAGAACCUCGCUUCAAAGACUAGCUUGUCGGAGGCACGAGUUCAGGUCUGGUUUUCAAACAGGAGAGCAAAAUGGCGACGACAGCAGCGAAUCAAUUUCCUACAGACCUCACGGGAGAUGUUAAUGCGCUACCCCGUAAUUCCUGUGGCCGAACGAGCGCAUGCCUCACACCUGGAUACCAGCGUAUGCUGGGAAAAGGGGAGCAUAUUCAGUCUCCCUCUUCCAGGCAUAGCCUCUCAUGCAUCAAGACCGCUGUGGCCCAGAAAUGGGAUCCUCCGCGAGGUGAUGGAUGGUAACUGGGCACCUUGCGGCCCCAGGCUAAACCACAAGGUCUCGGAGGAAACUAGGCCCCUAGAUACUGGACUUGCAUGA